CCUAUCAGCUGACCACGAAGGGGAAGUUCUCAGAAGCUAUAGAUGGAUUUCGCAACAUCCUAAUCUCCAUACCUCUGUUAGUUGUUGAGAGUAAUGAGGAAGAGGCGGAGUCUAAAAGUCUGAUAGGAGUUUGCAAGGAGUAUAUUGUUGGUCUCAGCAUGGAACUGGUCAGAAAGGCUAUGCCCAAGGAGGAGCUGGCAGAUCAAUUCAUCUUUUCAGAUAUUUAA